UGUGUCCCACGGAACCAACCAGCCCAAACGUUCCCUUUUCUUCUUGCAGAGAUGCUGCAGUUCGUCAGCAACCAGGCAGGGGACUUUCCAGACCUGUUUUCGGACCCUCUGUGUGGCACCUUCCAGGGUGGUGGCAGCGGUGGUGGCAGUGGCACAGGUGGUGGGGCCCUGGAUGCCACACGGCCCUAUGGCCAGGCCCAGCAGCCCUUCCCUCCGCCCGCCGCCUCCCCGCAGCUGCAGAGCAUCCCGGUGAAGGUGCCCCCAGCCCCACAGCGCCCAGCCCCACUGCUCCAGCCCCGGCCCCAGCUCCAGCCACAGCUCCAGCAGCAGACAGUGAUGAUCACCCCCACCUUCAGCUCUGCGCCUCAGACCAGGAUCAUCCAGCAGCCCGUCCUAUACCAGAACACGGCCACGAGCUUCCAAGUUCUCCAGCCCCAGGUGCAGAGCCUGGUGACGUCCCCCCAGGUGCAGCCGGUCACCAUCCAGCAGCAGGUGCAGGCGGUGCCGGCGCCACGUGUGCUGACACAGGCUGCCGGUGGCACCAUCCAGGCACUGGCACCUGCCACAGUUCAGACGGUGGCAGCACCGCAGGUCCAGCAGGUGCCGGUUCUGGUCCAGCCUCAGAUCAUCAAGACGGAUUCCCUUGUGCUGACCACGCUGAAGGCGGACGGCAAUCCUGUUAUGGCUGCGGUGCAGAACCCAGCGCUCACCGCGCUCACCACUCCUAUCCAGACCACAGCUCUGCAGACCCUUGUUGGGAGCAAUGGAACCAUACUGACCACAAUGCCAGUGAUGAUGGGACAAGAAAAGGUGCCUAUCAAACAAGUUCCUGGAGGUGUCAAGCAACCAGACCCACCAAAAGAAGGAGAACGGAGAACAACUCACAACAUCAUUGAAAAGCGUUACCGAUCCUCUAUAAAUGACAAGAUCAUUGAGCUGAAGGACCUCAUCAUGGGGACAGAUGCCAAGAUGCACAAGUCUGGAGUCCUGAGAAAAGCCAUUGAUUACAUCAAAUACCUGCAGCAGGCCAACCAUAAGCUGAGACAGGAGAACAUGGUUCUGAAGCUGGCUAACCAGAAAAACAAACUGUUGAAGGGCAUUGACCUAAGCAGUCUGGUUGACAAUGACGCGGACCUGAAGAUAGAUGACUUCAACCAGAAUGUUCUUCUGAUGUCUCCUCCCGCCUCUGAUUCGGGAUCACAGGCUGGCUUCUCCCCCUAUUCCAUUGAUUCAGAGCCAGGAAGCCCACUCCUUGAUGAUGCAAAGGUUAAGGAUGAACCUGACUCUUCUCCUGUGGCUCUUGGCAUGGUGGACCGCUCCCGAAUCCUCCUGUGUGCCCUGACAUUCCUGUGCCUCUCCUUCAAUCCUUUGACAUCCCUUCUGGAUGCCAGAGGGAGCCCAGAGUCUGACAGCCUCACGCGCCAUGGCUCUGGCAGGAGCAUGCUGACCAUUGAGUCAGAUGCAGGUGGAUGGUUUGGCUGGAUGAUGCCCACACUGAUCCUGUGGCUCGUGAACGGUGUGAUAGUCCUCAGCGUGUUCGUGAAGCUCCUCGUGCACGGAGAGCCAGUGACCCGGCUGCACUCGAGGUCAUCAGUUGCGUUCUGGAGGCACCGCAAGCAGGCAGACCUGGAUCUGGCACGGGGGGAUUUUGCUGCGGCAGCAUCAAACCUGCAGACCUGUCUGUCGGUCCUGGGCCGAGCGCUGCCGGCCUCCCGCCUGGACCUGGCCUGCAGCCUCUCCUGGAACGUCAUCCGCUACAGCCUGCAGAAGCUGGCACUGGUGCGGUGGCUGCUGAAGAGGACCUCUCACCAGUGGCGGGCCAGAGAGGCCACUGCGGGCUCUGAGGACGAGGCCAAGACCAGCGCACGGGAUGCAGCUCUGGCCUACCACAAGCUCCAUCAGCUCCACAUCACAGGUAAACUCCCCUCCAGCUCUGCUUACUCCGGUUUGCACAUGGCCCUGUGUGCUGUCAAUCUGGCUGAGUGUGCUGAAGAAAAGAUCCCACCCAGCACAAUGGCUGAAAUCCACCUGACGGCCGCAGUUGGCUUGAAGACCCGCUGUGGGGGCAAGCUGGGCUUCCUGGCGAGCUACUUCCUAAGCCAGGCGCAGAGCCUGUGCAGCUCGGAGCGCAGCGCCAUCCCUGACUCACUGCGUUGGCUUUGCCACCCUCUGGGACAGAAGUUCUUUGUGGAGCGAAGCUGGACGGUGAAGUCUGCUACCAAGGAGAGCCUGUACUGCACCCAAAGGAACCCUGCGGAUCCCAUAGCACAAGUUCAUCAGGCGUUUUGUGAGAACCUGCUGGAGAGAGCAGUGGAUUCCCUUGUGAAGCCUCAGGCUAGGAAAGAGGUGGUGGGACAAGAGGAGGACGAACCGUGUGAGUUCUCCAGCGCGAUGGAAUACCUGAAAUUGCUCAACUCUUUCCUGGACUCAAUGGGAAGUGGAGCACCACCCUUUGCCAGCAGUUCUAUGCUGAAAUCAGCCCUGGGCCCAGAUGUGGUGUGCAGGUGGUGGUCGGCAGCAGUCGCUAUGGCCAUUGGUUGGCUCAGAGGGGAUGACACAGCUGUGAGGUCACGUUUCAGCGAAGUGGAGCGCCUGCCAAAGUCCCUGGAGAUGUCUGAGAAUGCCCUGGUGAAAGCCACCUUCCACCUGUGCAAAGCUAUGCAGGCCUCACUGUCAUCAAAGGCGGACGGGCAGCAGAGCUCGCUGGGUCACUGUGAGAGGGCCAGCAGCCACCUGUGGAACAGCCUCAACAUGAGCAGUGGUGCCUCCAGCACUCCCCUCAGCAAUGUGAUCCAGCUGCUGGCCUGUGACCUGCUGCUGUCCCUCCGCACCAGCCUGUGGCAGAAGCAGGCGAGCAGCAGCCAGGCGCUGGGUGAGACCUACCACGCCUCACCCUCUGAGCUCACUGGCUUCCAGCGCGACCUCGGCAGCCUGCGCAAGCUGGCCCACAGUUUCAGGCCUGCAUACCGCAAGGUCUUCCUUCACGAAGCUACCGUGCGCCUGAUGGCAGGGGCCAGCCCUACCCGCACCCACCAGCUGCUGGAACACAGUCUCAGGCGCCGCACAACCCAGAGCAGCAAGCAAGGGGAGCUGGACACACUGCCAGGGCAGAGGGAAAGAGCCACCGCCAUCCUGCUGGCCUGCCGCCACCUCCCACUCUCUUUCCUGUCCUCACCCAGCCAGCGUGCUGUCCUGCUGGCUGAGGCUGCACGCACGCUGGAGAAGGUUGGGGACAAGCGCUCAUGCAACGACUGCCAGCAGAUGAUUGUCAAGCUGAGUGGGGGCACAGCCAUCGCUGCCUCCUAACACCCCGCCAGACCGCAGCCUGGACUUCCUCCAUGUUGAAGAAGGAAGGGGGGAAUAAAUGCAAGGAAAAAAGAGAGGGAGGGAAAAAGAAAAA